CUUCCACCGACUGCGGACGGCGUCGAGCAGCGCGUGUCCAGGAGAGGAUAGGACGGAGAAGAGCUUGAUUUCAUUCAUUUUUACGGGGGAUUUUCUUUUUUUGGACGCUGCCCUUUCUGCUGCAAACCUGUUGGAAUACCUCUCAACACGUGCUCCUGUCCAAAAAUCCGGGGGGUGCGCGCGCUUCUUGCUUUGCUUGACUUUAGCCGGGGGGGGAAGAUUUGCUGCUCGCGUGCGGGGCGGCAUCUUGCCACUGGGGGGGGGGGAAACGAAACAAGUGACGAGAAGAAACCAGCGAACGACAAGUACUCGGCGCUGUUAGCCUGUUAGCUUCGGCGUUAGCCCCGGUCGCCUGCCUCUGCAAGUCCCACCCUCCCGUCACAAGCAGCGUGGACGUGGGUCGGUCGUAAGAGGCUGCGGUGGUCAAGUGCUUCCCCCCCCCCCCACACACCUUCACUUCACUUCACUCCAGCGUUACCGGAUCGCCACCGCCGGCUGUGGAAAAAGGGAAGAAGACGGGAGACGGAGAGAGCCACACUAGCCUAGCCCAGCCCGGUUCCUCGACGCUCGGAUCGCUGGAUUACUAACCCUGACAGGUGGAGGGAGGGAUCGCUGAAAAAAAAACAAAAAAAAAACGAGGAGGCGGAUAAGAAGAGAAAAGGAGGAAGAAGGGGAACUGGCUGGUUUGGCCGGGGCAGCAUAAACGCACACAGUGAGCGGGCCGUGGACGCGUGAGCCUGAGCCAUGAGUAUCGAGAUCCCGGUGGGGUUGACGGAGCUGCUCCAGGGCUACACGGUGGAGGUGCUGCGGCAGAGGCCCACGGACCUGGUGGAGUUCGCCGUGCAGUACUUCACCCGCCUCCGAGACACGCGCAGCCAGGACGGAGGCGGCACGGGGGCAAAGAAGGGCGUGGUGUUCGACGGGGAGCCCAUGCAGACGGAGUCCAACGGGGAGGACGACGACGACGACGACUCAGACUUUGAACCUCCUCCACCGAGAUUCAACAGACGAGUGUCAGUGUGUGCGGAGGCGUUUAACCCGGACGACGACGAUGAGGACAGCGAGCCCCGAGUGGUUCACCCCAAAACAGACGAGCAGCGCUGCAGACUCCAGGAGGCCUGCAGAGACAUCCUCCUCUUCAAAACAUUAGACCAGGAGCAGUUUUCUCAAGUGCUGGACGCCAUGUUUGAGUCCCUCGUUCAGCCUCGGGAUCACGUGAUCGAUCAGGGAGCCGACGGAGACAAUUUCUACGUCAUCGAGAGGGGCGUGUACGACAUUGAAGUUUCAGGGAAGGUCGUGGGACAGUACGACAACAAGGGCAGCUUUGGAGAGUUGGCGCUAAUGUACAACACACCGAGAGCCGCCACCAUCAUCGCCACCCAGGAGGGGGCGCUCUGGGCACUGGAUCGAGCCACAUUUCGGCGACUCAUUGUCAAAAACAACGCCAAGAAGAGGAGGAUGUACGAAACUUUUAUAGAAUCUGUUCCACUGCUCAAAUCACUCGAGGCGAAUGAGAGGAUGAAGAUCGUGGAUGUAUUAGGAGCAAAGCAGUUUUCCGACGGAGAGAGAAUCAUCACACAAGGGGACAAAGCCGACUGCUUCUAUAUCGUAGAAUCUGGAGAAGUCAGGAUCAUGAUGAAGAGUAAAACGAAGGCAGACCACGCAGACAACGCAGAGGUGGAGAUCGCCCGGUGCAGUAGGGGGCAGUAUUUCGGAGAGCUGGCUCUGGUCACCAACAAACCCCGAGCAGCUUCAGCCUACGCAGAGGGAGACGUCAAGUGUCUAGUAAUCGACGUGCAGGCGUUCGAGCGUCUGCUGGGCUCCUGUAAAGAGAUCAUGAAGAGGAACAUCGCGCACUACGAGGAGCAGCUGGUGGCGCUCUUCGGCUCCAGUAUGGACCUGAGGGACUGAGGUGUCCACUGCCCACGUGCCUUCGAACCACACACACACACACACACACACACACACACACGACAAACACACACAGAAUCAAACACACACACUCACAUACACGGACACACAACUCCCCCACCACCUCAGAACAAGACUUUAAACCAGCGAUUCUCAAACUCUGAAUGAACCACUGAGAAAAACGUCGAGUGGAACUGACUAAAACUAAAUUAAUUUGUAUUUAUCUAGAACCCUUAAACGCUCAUAUUACGCUGUUUUCUAAUCUGUUAUAAUGUUGUUUCCUCAUCACAAACAGACCUGGAGUUGUGUUUUGUUUCAGUCACACAAAUCCUGCGUGUUUAGUUCUCCAAAAAAAAACGCUCUGUUCCACCUUGUGAUGUCACGCGGUAAUACAGGAAGGGCUCUACUGUUUUUUAAACUCCACACACCUUCACUAGAAUCGUUUGGAUGAUUUCAGCUCUGGAAUCUCUGCUGAACUAAAGAUAAAAAAGGGUAGCUGUUAACGUGAGGUCACGAGGCGGAACAGAGCGUUUUGAGCUUUGGAGAUGUAGACAGACUAAUCAUAAAGAAUUCCUCAAACACUUGUGAGUGAAAACGUGACUCCAGGUUUGGUUUUGGUGAGGAAAUAACAUUAUAACAUGGCUUACACGUAACAAGAAUCCAUUUUGUGUGAUAUAGGACUUUAAAACAACUUUGAACCAGGAUUGAAUCAAAGAAAAAACAGGUCUGGAUCAAGUCUCAGUCAAAUCUGUGUAAAGACUGAAUCAUGAUUAAUCAAGACUGGACUAAACCAGCUUUAAUCCAGGUCAGAUCAUGUAAUUAGAAUGUCCUGAAUGGAUCAUGUACCUAAAAUGUCCAAUUUCCACACAAUAGGCUCUAGUCAGGCUUACGUCACAAACCGGGAAGACGUUUGGAAACAUGCGACGACGACGACGACUUCCGGUGUACUUCCCGACACUGUCCUCGCCUACGACUGUGAUAAAACUAAAUAAAAUAAAUGUGACCAGAGGGAAAAUAAAGACUGUGUACGUACGUGCUGUUUGGAAUCAUCUUGAAUUUGGCGCCUCAUCUCUUCUAAUCGCAUGUACCCAGAGUUGUGCGUCAGUGGGGAAAUCAUAAAAACUGAUUUAUGGCUGUAAUUGUUGAUUCGCCGAACGCUACAAUGGCAUGGAGAUGAAGAAAACUGGACCAUUUUCUAAUUUUUCCUAGAUUUUAUCAAACUUACCAACGCCGAAAGCUGCCAUCGCAUGUCUCCAAACGUCUCCCUGCUUUGUGACGUUACCGCAACAAUAAUCUAACCUUUUAAAGCCGCGCUGUGUAACUUUUCUCUGUAGAUGAGUCGUGGCUUUUAGUGGAAUAUCCCAAAGUGUGGCGUUAAACUUGCCCGUCUUGCGUUUGUUCCACUCUCAGCGUUUUUUAAAUCCCUCGAAAAGCACGCGUUCCGAUUGAGAGCGGGGUCGCCUCUCCGCAGACCUGACCCGUAACUUGGCCUCACGGCGUCCCCGAAGUUCUCUAAAUGAGGAUAGACAUAUUUAAGAAGCAGACGAACAGACCCUACACCGGAAAAGUUACGUAGCGCGGCCUUUAAAAUAAUGAUCGUAAAGGUGCAGUUCUCCGACGUGCCACCAGUGGGAGCCGUACCACAGUUUGAGAACCGCUGCUUUACCUCGAUACAGUAUAUUCUCCACUGACACUCCAGAACAUAUCCUGUAUUUAAAGAUCGGGACAGUGUGAGAGACUCGUCGCGUUUGUGGAAUAUCGUUGCAGUGCCGCCAAACGUCCACUAGGGGGCGGCUGUCGGCACGUUUCUGCAAAUGAAUUACGGUCGAGUCCAGAUUUUAAAUGCGGUUUUCAGGCUGUUCCAAUAAAAACGUGUUAAUACAGUU